CCUUUUUGUAUGGCCACUCAAGUGGGAGUCUUGGGCCAUCCCUGCCACCGACUGAGUCUGAAACUCAGUUCUGGAAAAAGUAUCAAGCCAACUGAUAACGACCUCCGACAAUAUAAUCUUAACCAUUGAUCCACAUUUCAAGCCCGAAAAGGUGAUCAACGCCAAAUCCAUAUGCUGAUUUGUCUAUUUGGAAUAGUUAAACAGAUCCUACGUACAGAUCUCUGCCAGACUCUGGAUCACGACAAUCUAUAGUUUCCUUGGUCCAGGUGCCGCUCCAGAUCAGGAGAUCAUCUCGUAGUUUGUUUCUGUAACGCUAAUUGUAGUCAUAUCCUUUCAUUUUUAUUGAUUGCAGAGUCCCGGAAUGGAAUUCUUCAGGAAAGCUAAAUCUGUUAGGCUGAGGAGCCAUCACCAGAAGUAUUUGUUAGCGGAACGCGAUGAGGAAACUGUGAUCCAAGAUCGUUCUGGCACAUCCAAGCACGCAAAAUGGACAGUCGAGCUUGUUGAGGGAGUUGACAAUGUCGUACGUUUGAAAAGUUGUUAUGGCAAGUACCUAACAGCAAUAGAUGAUCAAUUCCUUCUUGGCAUGACGGGCCAAAAAGUUAUUCAAAGUUUGCCCAGAAAAUUGGACUCGAAGGUUGAAUGGGAGCCUAUUAGGGAAGGAUUUCAAGUAAGGCUCAAAACAAGAUAUGGGAAUUAUUUACGUGCGAAUGGGGGAUUACCACCCUGGCGAAAUUCAGUCACUCAUGACAUCCCACAUAUACAUCAAGAUUGGAUUUUGUGGGAAGUUGAUACUAUUGAGAUACGGCCUCCGUCACCCAAGAAAGUCGAACGAUCUGAAUCAUUGGACGAAGACUUGAGCUCUUCUUCCUUUCAGCUUAGAACCCCAUCUCAACAUGAGUCAUGCGAUUCGUUUGGUGGUUCACCAGUGAAGUAUGAAGGCCGAGUAAUACAUUAUCGUGUGGCUGAUGAUGAUGGGAAUGUCGAUGAUGGGAUAGAAGGCCACUCCUUCAAUUUUAAAGGGCAAAACGUGGAGGAAUUGACUCAGAAGUUGGAGGAAGAAACAGAGCUUACAAACAUUACAGUGUGCUCAAAAAACAAAAUAAACGGGAAACUUUAUCCUCUCCGGCUGGGUCUUCCUCCCAACAAUGCAACUAUGCACGUUGUUGUAGUUCCUUCGACCUCCAGAGGUUUGCCUCUACUCCACUCCCUCUUGCUGGUUUGGGUUAAUGUUUAACCUUCUGUGCCAGAUUCAUUGCAAAUUCUGCAGAGUUAUCAAACUUGAAUAGUUAAAUUGGUGGUUUAGAAAGUUGAAUACUCGUAACAAAGUCAUCAAACUGAGCAUUUAGAGAGAGAGAGAGAGAUGCCUUGUUUCAUUGGAGAAAUGUUAUUCCUGCAGUUGCAGCAUACAGCUGGAAGAUGCAUCUCAUCCCCAGAAAAUUUUACCAACUCCUAAUGUACUCCUAACCAGAUAGCAACUCGUGGGAGGUUUUAUCUCUGUUGGCUUCUGCCUCUAGCUGGUCGUAGCAUCAUCUAGUUAAAAGGAAGUAGUUUCCUGUGGCAAAGAUUAAACCUUUAAGCUUAGGAAGAUGUCAGGAAAAUUUUGGCUCUUUUGUCCUUCAAUUUCGUUGGAUAAAACAAGAAUUGAAAAAAAGAAAAAAGAGCCAGGAAAAAGAUGGCAUAUGAGUAGACUGGAGCUGAAGAUAAAAUCUGGUCAUC